AGUGCUGCGCAGUCUUCUCGCGCCGGCUUCUUUAGUGUCAGCAGUCUCUUAAUCAUCUCCUGUACUGUCCACAGUCUCUGGUCAUCCCCUGUACUGUCCGCAGUCUCUGGUCAUCUUCUGUACUGUCCGCAGUCUCUGGUCAUCUUCUGUACUGUCCGCAGUCUCUGGUCAUCUUCUGUACUGUCCGCAGUCUCUGGUCAUCCCCUGUACUGUCCGCAGUCUAUGGUCAUCCCCUGUACUGUCCGCAGUCUCUGGUCAUCCCCUGUACUGUCCGCAGUCUCUGGUCAUCCCCUGUACUGUCCGCAGUCUCUGGUCAUCCCCUGUACUGUCCGCAGUCUCUGGUCAUCCCCUGUACUGUCCGCAGUCUCUGGUCAUCCCCUGUACUGUCCGCAGUCUCUGGUCAUCCCUUGUACUGUCCGCAGUCUCUGGUCAUCCCCUGUACUGUCCGCAGUCUCUGGUCAUCCCCUGUACUGUCCGCAGUCUCUGGUCAUCCCCUGUACUGUCCGCAGUCUCUGGUCAUCCCCU